AUGGCUACCCCUACAAAUGCAGUCAUUGACCCAAAUGACAACUUAUGCUUUUUGCUAAAGACAAACAAGACUGUUUUUGCUCUAUAGUUCCUCCAGGCUUCUUUCGAGCAGUUUGGGCCUACAGCAUCACCUUCCACUGGCACCCAAAGGUCAAGGAGGAGCUUCAAGCUGUGACUAGACUUCCGAUGGAUUCAUCAGAGGAUAACCCAACCUGGACCCUAGAGUCUCUUAAAACAUCCAUCGAGGAUGCUUCCCAGGCAAUGCAGGUUGCCACUCAACUCUCUGAAAUGUUAGCAACGAACCUUGGUAACUUGACUCUCAACCCUAGUAUCAAGUUGCCGUAUCUACCAGAAUACCCAUCUCAACCAACCGGGCAGUUACUUAGUGAGAAAACACCAAAUAGGCGGAGAGGGGUAAGAACGGUGUUGAGUGAGCGGAGAUACAGGAUGAAAAUGCUGAUUGAAUCUCUUAGACUUCGCUAUGCCAAUGGAGUUCCUCGUUCUGACUCUCAAAGAGAACUACAGCAGCAAAAGGACACUGAGAUUCGAUCAAGAAGGGGAAGAUUCCAGUGUACCUGUAGUUAUUGCCAGUUUAAGAGAAAUCCUUCUGAUGAUAAUUAUGAGAAUUAUUACAACACAACAUACAGUAAUUAUGCCAUGGAAUCAAAUGAGUCAUAAACCUUAUUCUUGUACUGUUUUCUUGCUGGUAACUUUAGGAUCAUUAUGAAGCAGCUUGGGAAAAAUUGUACCAAUAUUUUGAUAAUGUAUAUUGUAAGUUUGUAUUUUUUACUUGCAUCUCUUUUCUACCUUGAUACAGUUAACUUAUGAGGAAUCUAUAUGUAGCUUGGAUUUGAGAUGAUUUGAAUAUACACUAGUUCCACUUUAAUCUGACACCAAGAAGUACUACUAAGUCUCAGGUAUUGCCUGUUUCUUAAACCUGAAGUUCACUAUAAGAUGAAACUCAAUAUCAAGAAUUUGAAACAAAUUAACUUGGGAAGGAAUGUAAAGAUAACAUUGGCUGGCUUGGCCAGAGCCUUAUUAGUGUGUUAAAUAGUAAUAAAAAUGUCUGAUGUGCUGUUUCAGUUUUCAGUAGCGAAUAGAUGUGUUUAUAGAAGAUCUUAAUAAAACUUCAGACUUAUUUGAGUAACUUUAAGAUAAAUCCGUGUUCUUAUCUUAGACUUGUUUUUGCUAGCUAUGUAUUAAAUAAAUAAUACUUACCUCCAUCACAUUCUCAGGAUGUAAAUAUAUCUGGGAUUCUAAUUUUUUUUCUUUUUUUGGCAUUCUAAUAUUUUGUGAUACUGUCCUGUUGGGAAGAAAGUUUACACAUUUGAGUUAAGGU